ACUGUUAGCUACCGGCCUUCUUCAUUCCUGUCGGUUGCCUUUGCCCUCGUUUCUUUGGAUGCCUUAUCAAUUGGCACUUCUCUGGACAGUCUAGUUUAGCCAGACAAUUCCUCAUAUACUUGUUCCCUCGGUAGAUAUUUAACCAUACAGCAUCGCAUCAUGAAGAGCCGGUUGCUGGUGCUGUCCGGCCUUUUCGCUGGUGUGGCUUUGUCUCGUGACGGCUCGGGCUCCGGCGCCGUUCAUCCCUUCGCGAGAUACAAGGCCCUUACUGCAGCCACCACCGAGGCGCCCGCUGCGCCCACGCAGUCAACGCUAGAAUGCUUCCAGGUCGCUGAGCCCGUGCUGACGGAUGCCGGCCUGACACGGCGCGACAUAAGCCAGUCACCGGCCUUCGUAGCAGCCGAUCAGGCGCCGAUUGGGCCUGAGGAUGAUGAGGAGCUAGUAGAGGCGGCGUGUACGGUGGUGUUGAUGCAGCAUGUGUUUGAGAAUAGCUAUGGGGCUCCUUAUGUCGGUUCAUAUACCCCUCCACCAUGCGAUUUCGACCAUGUGACCAUUAAUUUCACAACCACCGUCAAGGGUAGGCAAUAUGAUCGCACAGGCGUCAUGUACCUCACCGACAACGAGGUCUGGCGUACGUCGACGGCGGAGCCAACAAGCUACGGAAUCCGGUGGGAAUGGCUGAAGGACAUGACGCCUUUCUUGUCGCUCUGGAAGAAGCCACAGACCUUGGUAUUUGACCUUGAAAACAUUGUCGACAGCACUUAUACAGGUCUUCUCAGCACCACGCUGACGGCGACAUUCUACAAAGCCGCGGGGAAGACCAAGGAAAGCCACCCACCCGCUGACUUGAUCAUCCCAAUCUCUCAGCGCAUCGGCAACGGCGGGAAGCCUAGUCAGUUCGUGUAUCCAGCUUCGCCCGCGAGGAACACGCUGACCAACUUCCCGCGCAACGUGAACCGCGCUGUAUUCACGGUAGACGUGAAGGGGCAAGGCAAUGAGGAAUUCUGGUGGAGCAAUGUCCCUCAGAGCGCAGCACACGCUUUCGAGGCCACAUACGGCGAAUACCCGGGUUACUCACCCUUCCGCGAGGUCCAGGUGCUCAUCGACGGGCAUCUCGCAGGCGUGUCGUGGCCUUUCCCCGUGAUCUACACAGGCGGCGUGGUACCGCAACUCCACCGACCAAUCGUAGGGAUCCAAGCCUUCGAUAUCGCCGAGCACGAGAUAGACAUCUCGCCCUUCCUGCCUCUCCUCUGCGACGGGAAACAGCACACUUUCGAAAUCAAGAUCGUGGGCCUCGUCGACAACGGCGCAUCAAGCGCCUCGCUGUCCACGACCACAGACGAUGAGUGGUACAUAACAGGGAAGAUCUUCGUAUGGCUCGACGACGAGGGCUCCAUCACCACAGGGACAACAGGUGUUUUCGAAACAUCCUCGCCGAAAAUCUCGCUCAAGCAACAUCUCACGCAAAAUGCUACGGGCUUCAACGAGAGUCUCGAGUAUGAUUUCUCUCUAGAGCGGAAAGUACACAUCUCUUCACAGGUGAAAACGCAGAAGACCAAGGGCACUGUGUCAUGGACGCAAUUCCUCACGUAUACUAACACCGGCGGCGUGGCGAGCUACGGGAACUAUAACCUGAACAAAUUCCUGAUCUCAGGCACUGAUUCCGCGAGUGGCCCGGGGGUGACAUACGCCACGAAAUACGCGUACCCAUUAUUCGCUAACAGCACGUACAACGUCGGCGCCGACGGAAGCGUGAGUCUCUGGGCACAAGUGGACCAAGGGCUACAAGUAGAAGUUCGCGGCAACGCCGUGUUUCCCACCGGUAUUGAGGGUUUCGUGGCCACAGGCGCUUUUAAAUCGGGGAUGGGAAAGACGGGCUCUAUCACGAAUACAUGGCGCAAUGGUACGGCGAGUUAUUACCGGCCUGGCAAUAAUAGCUUUAGCAGAGGCGUGGGGCAGACGCAUCAGGUGUAUUCGUUCAGCGGGAUUCGUUCUAAUGGGGGUGUGCAACAGCUGUAUUUCCGCGACGUGAGCGCGUUUAACGACACUGUCACGGCGGAUACUGCUGAGAUUGCUGGGAGAUGAUGGUAUGAGACUUGGGUGUAGAUGGCUACCUUUAAGUACGACUAGGAUAUAGUAAUAUUGGAUAUCAUUAACGAAGCGCGCAGACAUAGUAUAGUCAUGACACGGCGUAUUGUGA